GUCUCACCACACACACAGGUAGCAAACAACUGGCAGCCACAGUGUGAAAUCGUAAUCUGAGGGUUAACAUGUCUGUAGAUGGGACAAAGUUACUUUUUGAGGGCUUUCUGCAGAAAAGAAAAGACACUGUGAAAUUGAGGUGGGUCACAUACUGGUUCAGGCUUCAAAACACGACAUUAUUCUUCUAUACUACGAAGAAUGGGAGUGCUUCAAACUUGCGAGGAUAUUACUACAUACAGGCAGUGCAGUCAGUGCGAGAGGUCCAGAAAGCUGACAAAAAACGCUUUAUUUUUGAAAUAAUUAUGACAAAUGGAAAGAAAAAAGUAUUGGCAGCAGAGACAGAGGAUCUCAGAAAAGAGUGGGUGGGACAUCUUUGGCAAGCCAUGCAUCUCUUCUUGUCUGAGACCUCCGUCUCUACAGAUGCACAACUUGAUGUGUGUGAGCAGCGAGACAGACUGCACAGCAUCACACCCAUCUGCUCGCAGCGUGAAAGUGUGAUGGAGGAGCUGCCUGUUCGGCCCCUCUCUGCACCCGCUCCUUCUGACUACAUCUACGCACAACCACAUAGACUCACCCGUCCCACCAAGGAAACCUGCCAGCCUGAGUACACCUGCCCGCCCAAGGAGCAGGACAAUGAGGAGGAGAUCUAUCAGAACACACUGCAAGCUUACCAGAAUUACAAUGAUGAUGACCCCAACGAUCCUCAGUGGUCCAGCAGGAUGAGCAACACAGAGGCUGAGCAAGAAGGAGACUAUGAUGUCUUACCUGUUAGGAAAAGGUCAUGUGAGCUGAACCUUUCAGCAGAGGUGGAAGAGGAUGUUUAUGACGUCCCUGUGUCCUGCAGAAGGUCUUCUGAACCUGAGGACCCCAGAGAGAGCGUCUAUGACGUGCCAAGCUCACUUCUGAGGAACAUAUCUGAUCACACCAUAGAUGAGCAGCCAGAGGAAGGAACCUACUGGAAUAUAUGA